CUCUGGGCUUGUUUGCUUUCCACCCUAUUCCGCUAAAAAGGCUUUGAGGAUCACAUUUUAAAGACAUUUAAUGAAAGGAUUUCAAGUGGCAGCAAAAGGAAAAACAUGGGGAUACUAUAUUCACAGCCCAUUUGCCAGGCCGCUUAUAAUAACGACUUAAAUGAACUUCAGCUCCUAUUGGAAGAAGACAGAAAUAAUCUGAAUAUCCAGGACUAUUUUAGUGGAGACACGGCGUUAAUCUGUGCAUGCAAAAAAGGGCACAACAGAAUCGUCAGUUACCUUCUGAAAAUGAACGCUGAUGUGAACAUUAAAAAUAAGGAAGAAAGAACCUGUUUGCACUAUGCAGUCAAAAAACGAUUUGGUUUCCUUGAUUAUUUGCUCAUCAUACUUUUAAUGCCUGUUAUGCUGCUAGGAUAUCUUCUCAUGGUUUCUAAAAGUAAGCAGAAUGAACACCUCAUCAAGAUGCUGCUUAGAGCUGGCGCAUAUGUUAACGCUCAAGAUGAUUCAGGACGGACGUCUCUCCACUACGCUUGUGAAAUGAAGAACCAAUCCAUCAUUCCAUUAUUAGUUGAAGCAGGUGCUGAUGUUUCCAUAAAGGACAAGGAUGGAGAGACUCCAUUGGACAUAGCAAGAAGAUUAAAGUUCGUCAACAUAGAACAUACAUUAAAGAAGGAUUCUUAGAUCAUUACAUCAGACAUUGUUAGAAAAGCUCUGAUUCAUUGGGGCCGAUUCAUUGCAAUAAAUGUAAUUCCUUUUACAAUUUCAAGUGACAUCAAGCAGCCAAUAAGCUUAUGCAAAAGAAUAGACCGCAUUAAACCCUGUUGCUGAGGUUUAAUGGGUGAUAAAAUCAAAAUGUGAGCAUC